AAAGUUAUUCGUUCUUGCUUUUCAACUCAUCUCUACAACCCAAUCAUGGAAGACCCGUGGGCAACCCCAACAUGGUCGACUCCAGCUAAACCAUCCGCAAAGCCGGAGACAACGAUACUCCCGAGCAACCCAUGGGGAGCUCCUCCUACGCCAGCCGGUCCAAGGACCGCUACGUUCGAAGACAAGGACAAGACAAAGAGUCCCACAGGAGGAAAGGCGUUAGGAUUGUCUGACGUGGUGGAAAAUGCUUGGGGUGCAGAGUCUGAAGCUGCAACACUAUCGCUUCCAACGUUACCUACUAGCCCUAUCAGAUCGAAAGUAGAAGCUGACCCAGAUCCUGGGGCUGUAUGGGGAGGUGACCCAGCACCAGCUUCACCGGUACCUCUGCCAGGCUCCCCAAAGGCUUCUUCAAAGUCAGCAGUAGAUCUUGCUGCUUCCAAUCCCUUACCGGAAAUACCCGAGCUAUCUGCAUCCACUGCGGCGAUAACAUACACGCUUCCAAGGCCGUCAUUGCCCGGAGAAGAGACAGCUAUCAGCUCAAGAGUGGGACCCGAAGGAGACCAUGGAGCUAUAUGGGGCAAUGAUCCGGCCGCACUUCUGUCGACACCAUCUUCAGAAGAAAUAGCAGGCAAUCUUGCGGUCAACGAGCCAACUUCCAUCAUCUCAACUGAAUCAUCAAUAGGUCCGCCAGUAUCGCCUCAAGCUAGCGGUCUGCAAACGCCAAUUAGCUACAGUCCCCUUAGCAAAUCAUUGGGGGGGUUAGGAAGCUCAUCUGUGGAAGAACUCCCUACUCCGACAUUACCAAAAUCACCUUCAUUUGGAGAAGAGUUUGGCGGGUUCUCAGACUUUGCAGCCCCGGCAGCAAGCAGCAGCGAUCCAUGGGGAAGUAAUAUAAAGGAGAGCGAUAAUGAUGUGUGGGGCAAUGAUGAUUGGGACACAUCCUUGACUAGGUCUGCCUCUGGUGUGCACUCCAUAGAGGAGGUGCCUGAAGAGAGAGAAUCGAAAGUGGAUGAUGAAGAGGUCGCCUGGGGGGCUCCUGCUGUAGGACUCGGUUUAGGAACGUCCUCAGCGACGAAGCCGAAGGGAGAUGAUGAUUGGGAAGAAGCUCAGAGAAGGAUUAAGAUCCAAGAAGAGCGAGCUCCACGAGAGAAGAUGGAAGAACUUAAAGGUUUAUGGACCAAAGUAGCGGAAAGCGUAAUGGCUGGAGGGGUGGGACUCGAAAAGAUGACCGGAGCGGAAGAGCUCCAGUAUGAGCAGACGAUCAAUAAGGUAUUUGAGGAUGCCGUUGAAAGUUUCAGAUCACUCUCCACCAUUCCUCCCGAGAUAAACACAUAUCCACCCGUCCUUUCUUCACUUGUAACCCACGAGCGUUUCGAUUAUUCUCUGCAACGCCCUAAUCUCGACCCUUCCUCUUCUCUACUUUCCGCAGCCGCCCGUUCCGUUCGACGUCCUAAACGUGUCGAUCCACUAAGCUUGUCACUGACUUCCAACGGUGACGCAUCGUGGUCCAGUCGAUCGAGAUUGGGCGAGCCAGAGAACCAGGGUGAUGGUCGGUCUGAGGGCAAGGAAGAAGGGAACAAGAGUAGAUGGUCAUUAUGGGGAAGGAGACCGGCAUCUGAAAGGCAACUUACCACUUCUGGAGGUGGCAUAUUAGAGGUCAAACCUAUGACACGGACUGCAACUGGUGAUACCACUCAAUCCGGUCCAUCAUCAGAUGCAAAACCACCUUCCAUUCCCGCCUCUCACGCUGCCUCAGUCUCUGUUCCUUCCCGUUCCACGUCUCCCGCGUCAUCAAUACAUCAGAACCCCAUAACUGAAGCCCAACCUCUUCCUCCUGCCAAACAUGCAACAGCCCCCCCACCAUCAGCCGUUUCGCGAUUUUUCGGCCGUCUUUCCCGUCGACCUUCCCAACAACCUUCUACCUCCACAUCUACACCUGACGUUGACGCGAAGGACUUUGAGCUGUCCGCUUCGGACUUUUCAUUCCUCUCAGAUAUCCCUGGUGUGCCUGAGCAGCCUCAAGGCAAAGGGGUGGCAGACCUAUUAUCGCUGGAGCCCGGCGCAAAUGAGCCUAUAGCGAGUCUAGAGAACUUGUUAAGUUCCAAGGUUACGGAUCUACCAAAACCUCUUGCUCCACCACCAAAAGUCUCACAGGAACCGACAGCGUCAACGCUAAGUGGUGCGGGAAGAUCAACAAGCGGAAGGUUUAUUGCCAGGAUGAAGGCACCUUCUGCACCUCAGCCGAAUGAUAUGGACCUGUUGGGAGGGUUGGACUUUGGGAGUCCAGGUGGAAGUGGAAGUGGGACGCCCAAUAUGUUAUCGCCUACGUCGACAGGGUCUGGUUUGGCCGUUCGAGGUGAAAGUGAUAGUGGUCUGGCUUGGGAUGAUUUCGCAGGAUUAAUGUCUUCUGGUGCAAGCUCUGGUCAGAUGGGGCAAUCGGCGUCCACGAAUAACUCUCCGAUCACUCCCUCAAUACAUUCUACACCGGCGAUAUCUUUUUCUUCUCCACCUUCAGCAGCUAUGAACGUGGCAAUGUCUUCCGUACCUCUUAAGUUCCAGCCUCAGAGUCCAGCUGUGCCAAAGCCUUCAACUGAGCACAUCUCUCUGAAUGACGACUUUGGCGACUUCGGUGACUUUGGGUCAACAAGCAACAGAGGGGUGGCGUCAAGUGCAAAGGAUAAUUCUUAUGACUUUGGCGAUUUUUCAUCACCCGUUUCCUCUUUAGCUCCCACAUCUUCCACUAAAUCUCAAUCUCCCAUUCAGCCUCGUCUGCCAUUAGGCCAACCUUCUUCAUCCUCAUCUCACUCUCGACCACCUUCCAUGUCAUUUGACCAUUCUCAUACGCUCAAUCUGCUCUCUGGCGCAUCUGCCUCCAAAGGCAAGAGGUGGCCCGCCCCUCCCAGUCCUGUACCCCCACAAUUGGAACCCCCUCCCAGAGCUUCAUCAGCAAACGGUUCAAAAGGAUUCCCAUUCUUAAUACCUCCUCCCCCUGGAGGAUCGGCUAAACGAGGCGGUGAUUUGCUUGGGGGUGUCGAACCUUCCACGCCUUCCUUAGGAAGCUCUAAAACAACCACUGUGGCUGAGAUGGGGACAAUGGGGGGUCUCAAUGCGCUUUCGCCGAGCCCCACACCACCUCUUCCUUUUACGUCUGCUCCUGUUUUUAGCUUGAUGGGUGGGGCUACACUGAAGCCUUCCCAAACGCCGGGACAAGGGACGGGAAGUGGACAGGGGGGACUGUCGGCACAGGAUCUGUCAUUCUUUGAUAGCUUAUAACUCAUGACAUCAUGUAACAGGAGAAGAAUAGAGUACAGUAAAAAGCAUCUGUCAUUAAAGAUAGCAAUGUACUACAUACCAGUUACAUGCAUUGUUCCCCCAAGAUAGGAUGAGAGGUAACUACCGUACUCCUUCAUGUAAUGGAAUAAUGGAACCUCAUGUCAAAAUAAUACUCCACGUCAAGCCAUGCCUGGUCCAUGAAGAGGUUGCAAAAGUGGGAGUGGCCUUGGCCAGUUGUAUCGUAGCCAUGGAGAUAUUAUGUAGCAAAUCAGCGACGAUUCAAGAUAAGGGCGAGACACUGACCAUCUGCAUAGAUAAGAUGCCAUCGUCCUUGAGUAAAUAAGAUACAUACCGGAUGGUUUGAGAUGGUCUCUUCCGAACUCGUGAAGCAUGAUAGUGGCGGAGUCAUACAUUCGCUGGCUCUAUGUAGGGAGCUCUUUUCUCCCAUGUGUCACACUUUCUGAUGAGGGCAGCCGCAUUAGCGUUCCAUUCUCCAUUCUUC